AUGAAGUUGCUUAUUGUUUUAGCUCUCGCAUUGGCUGCAGCCUCUGCAACUCCGGUUUACGAAAAGACCGCUUUCAUCGAGGACUUACCAGAGUCUCCAGUUUUGGGUGGACGCAUCACCAAUGGUGACUACGCAUGGGAUGGUUUGGUUCCCUAUCAAGCUGGUUUACUUAUAUCGAAGAAUUCAGGCAAUUACUGGUGUGGUGGUUCCUUGAUUGGCUCAAAUUGGAUUCUGACUGCCGCUCACUGCACAGAUGAGGCUCACACCAUCACCGUCUACUUGGGUAGCGUUGUACGUUCCAAUGGCAACCAAUAUGCAACCACCAUCCACUCCCAGGAUAUCCACCAGCACCCCAAUUACAACUCUAAUACUCUGGAUAACGACGUCACUCUCGUGUGGAUCCACUCUGUUUCCUUCUCUGGCAACAUUCAAGCCAUCAGACUGCCAUCUUUCAACCAAUACAGCAACUAUGAGGGUCAAUGGGCUACCGCAUCUGGCUGGGGUGGCACUUCGGGCAACAACCAAGACCAUUUGCAAUACGUCAGUGUUCAGGUGAUCUCCAACAGCGAAUGCGCUAGCGUCUAUGGCAGCAGCACUGUCACUGACAACACCAUCUGUGUUUCCACAAACGGCGGACGUUCGACUUGCGGUGGUGACUCUGGUGGCCCAUUGGCUGUGGACAACAACCAAGUGUUGAUUGGUGUGACUUCAUUCGUUGCUGCCGCCGGUUGCACCGCUGGUCUGCCAUCUGGUUUCCAACGUGUCAGCCGCCAUUUGGACUGGAUCCGUGGUGUCACCGGUAUUUUUCUAGUUGUCUUAGCACUCCUUGUGGCUGCAGCCUCUGCAACUCCGGUUUACGAAAAGACCGCUUUCAUCGAGGACUUACCAGAGUCUCCAGUUUUGGGUGGACGCAUCACAAAUGGUGACUACGCAUGGGAUGGUUUGGUUCCCUAUCAAGCAGGUUUACUUAUAUCGAAGAAUUCAGGCAAUUACUGGUGUGGUGGUUCCUUGAUUGGCUCAAAUUGGAUUCUGACUGCCGCUCACUGCACAGAUGAGGCUCACACCAUCACCGUCUACUUGGGUAGCGUUGUACGUUCCAAUGGCAACCAAUAUGCAACCACCAUCCACUCCCAGGAUAUCCACCAGCACCCCAAUUACAACUCUAAUACUCUGGAUAACGACGUCACUCUCGUGUGGAUCCACUCUGUUUCCUUCUCUGGCAACAUUCAAGCCAUCAGACUGCCAUCUUUCAACCAAUACAGCAACUAUGAGGGUCAAUGGGCUACCGCAUCUGGCUGGGGUGGCACUUCGGGCAACAACCAAGACCAUUUGCAAUACGUCAGUGUUCAGGUUAUUUCCAACAGCGAAUGCGCUAGCGUCUAUGGCAGCAGCACUGUCACUGACAACACCAUCUGUGUUUCCACAAACGGCGGACGUUCGACUUGCGGUGGUGACUCUGGUGGCCCAUUGGCUGUGGACAACAACCAAGUGUUGAUUGGUGUGACUUCAUUCGUUGCUGCCGCCGGUUGCACCGCUGGUCUGCCAUCUGGUUUCCAACGUGUCAGCCGCCAUUUGGACUGGAUCCGUGGUGUCACCGGUAUUGCAUACUACUAAAUUCGAUGACAUAUUGCGAAGAUACUAAAUAAAAUU